AGUGCGCGCUGCGCUCCGCCCAGCUCCGUUCCGCUCUGCAGAGCCGGUGCAGCCCGGGCGCAGGGAGGGCGGCACUCGGCUCCGGUGGCCGCAGCCCCCAUGCGCUCCCUCCGCCUCUCGGGAACUGGGUCCCAGGGCCGCUCCCCCGAGGCCUGAGCGCGCGACAGGCGGGAGACGGGCCAGGACCGGUGGCGAGGGAGGGAGCGAGGAGCGAGCAGAGUCGCGUGCGCGGGCGCGCGACUCCGGGUCCCUUCCCAGUCCCGGCCGGGGCCCGUCGCUGCCACACUCGGGCUGCCCGUGGGAAGGUGCGCCCGCGACCCGUCGGGGACCGCAGCUGCUCGGCUUAAGGGCAGGGGCCAAGUCUGCGGGACGAACCACGCGGGACAGGUCUCUGGAUGAGAAGGAGCUGACAACAGCCCAGUCCCACCUUCUCUGUGUGCUGGGGAGCAGGGCUGCGUGGCCCAGGUGGCAUCAAUGCCGAAGAACAGCAAGGUGACCCAGCGUGAGCACAGCAAUGAGCAUGUCACAGAGUCAGUGGCCGACCUGCUGGCCCUCGAGGAGCCCGUGGACUACAAGCAGAGCAUCCUGAAUGUGGCUGGCGAGGCAGGCGGCAAGCAGAAGGUGGUGGAGGAGGAGCUGGACGCGGAGGACCGGCCAGCCUGGAACAGCAAGCUGCAGUACAUCCUGGCCCAGAUCGGCUUCUCCGUGGGCCUCGGCAACAUCUGGAGGUUCCCCUACCUGUGCCAGAAAAACGGAGGAGGUGCCUACCUGGUGCCCUACCUGGUGCUGCUGAUCAUCAUCGGGAUCCCCCUCUUCUUCCUGGAGCUGGCCGUGGGCCAGAGGAUCCGCCGCGGCAGCAUCGGCGUGUGGCACUACGUGUGCCCCCGCUUAGGGGGCAUCGGCUUCUCCAGCUGCAUAGUCUGCCUCUUUGUUGGGCUGUAUUAUAAUGUGAUCAUUGGGUGGAGCAUCUUCUACUUCUUCAAGUCCUUCCAGUACCCACUGCCCUGGAGUGAAUGUCCUGUCAUCAGGAAUGGGACCAUGGCAGUGGUGGAGGCAGAGUGUGAAAAGAGCUCAGCCACUACCUACUUCUGGUACCGAGAGGCCUUGGACAUCUCCAACUCCAUCUCGGAGAGUGGGGGCCUCAACUGGAAGAUGACCCUGUGCCUCCUGGUGGCCUGGAGCAUUGUGGGCAUGGCCGUUGUCAAGGGCAUCCAGUCCUCGGGGAAGGUGAUGUAUUUCAGCUCCCUCUUCCCCUACGUGGUGCUGGCCUGCUUCCUGGUGCGGGGGCUGCUGCUGCGAGGAGCCGUCGAUGGCAUCCUGCACAUGUUCACUCCCAAGCUGGACAAGAUGCUGGACCCCCAGGUGUGGCGGGAGGCAGCCACGCAGGUCUUCUUCGCCCUGGGGCUGGGCUUCGGGGGCGUCAUCGCCUUCUCCAGCUAUAACAAGCAAGACAACAACUGCCACUUCGACGCCGCGCUGGUGUCCUUCAUCAACUUCUUCACCUCGGUGCUGGCCACCCUCGUGGUGUUUGCUGUGCUGGGCUUCAAGGCCAACAUCAUGAAUGAGAAGUGUGUGGUCGAGAAUGCCGAGAAAAUCCUGGGGUACCUCAACUCCAACGUCCUGAACCGGGCCCUCAUCCCUCCCCACGUCAACUUCUCCCACCUGACCACCAAGGACUACUCGGAGAUGUACAAGGUCAUCAGGACCGUGAAGGAGGACCAUUUCUCAGCCCUGGGCCUCGAUCCCUGCCUUCUGGAGGAUGAGCUGGACAAGUCUGUGCAGGGCACGGGCCUGGCCUUCAUCGCCUUCACCGAGGCCAUGACGCACUUCCCUGCCUCCCCAUUCUGGUCCGUCAUGUUCUUCCUGAUGCUCAUCAACCUGGGCCUGGGCAGUAUGAUCGGGACCAUGGCGGGCAUCACCACGCCCAUCAUCGACACCUUCAAGGUGCCCAAGGAGAUGUUCACAGUGGGCUGCUGUGUCUUUGCAUUCUUCGUGGGGCUCUUGUUCGUCCAGCGCUCCGGAAACUACUUCGUCACUAUGUUUGAUGACUACUCGGCCACCCUGCCGCUCACCGUCAUUGUCAUCCUUGAGAACGUCGCUGUGGCCUGGAUCUAUGGAACCAAGAAGUUCAUGCAGGAGCUGACAGAGAUGCUGGGCUUCCGGCCCUACCGCUUCUAUUUCUACAUGUGGAAGUUCGUGUCUCCAUUGUGCAUGGCUGUGCUCACCACGGCCAGCAUCAUCCAGCUGGGGGUCACACCCCCGGGCUACAGCGCCUGGAUCAAGGAGGAGGCUGCCGAGCGCUACCUGUAUUUCCCUAACUGGGCCAUGGCACUCCUGAUCGCCCUCAUUGUGGUGGCCACCCUGCCCAUCCCUGUGGUGUUCGUCCUGCGGCACUUCCACCUGCUCUCUGACGGCUCCAACACCCUCUCCGUGUCCUAUAAGAAGGGCCGCAUGAUGAAGGACAUCUCCAACCUGGAGGAGAAUGACGAGACCCGCUUCAUCCUCAGCAAGGUGCCCAGCGAGGCGCCCUCCCCCAUGCCCACCCACCGCUCCUACCUGGGGCCCGGGAGCACGUCGCCCCUGGAGAGCAGCGGCAACCCCAAUGGACGCUAUGGGAGCGGCUACCUCCUGGCCGGCACCCCUGAGUCGGAGCUGUGACCACUGCCCGCACCCUGCCUGCCUCUGCCCCCACACCCAACCAGCCCACUUGUCCCGGCCUGGCCCCUCCCCCAGGCCAGGCCCUCUGCCCCAGGAGAGGGGCUCUGCCCUGCCUCAUCCUCCACCUCAGCCCAGUCAACUUCUGCUCCCCAAACCUGUGUGGGGGUGCGGAGAAGCUCUGUCCCCCAGUCCAGGCCCCCAACUCAUCUAACCCUC